UCGGGGGGAUUAGAAUACAGCCACGGUAUCCCCUGCCUGUCGUAAGAGGCGACUAAAAGGGGACACACACACACACACAGUCUCAAGCAAAAAGUAUGGCGAAGAAACAAUGUAAAAUGCAAAAAAAAUGCGCGGGGUUAGGGUAUGGUUUCCAUCUUGUAUUGAUUUUAAUAAAUUUUUAAAAAACAUGAAUCGACUAUACUCUGUCCGCAUAAAAAAAUUCCCAUUAGGGGUGCUUGGAACCCCAAAAUCAUCUGUAGUCACUGGAGCUUAUAAAUUCGUGUGGUUCCUCGUUUUUUGCAUUGUUUGUAUCAUUCUAUGGUUUGUAUUGUUUAUUGAUUGUGAUGUCACCAUAAGCUUUAUAUUGAAGCCUUCAUCUGCUAACGAUACUUGUCUAUCAUACUAGUAAAUAUAAUGCUUACAAUACAAUUUGGGCAAUGUGGAAAUCAACUAGGGCAUACAUUAUUUUCAAAAAUAUCAUCUGAUUUGGAAUGUACAAACACAGGGAUAUCAUAUAAUGCUAAUUAUCAAUAUUCAGAAGAUACAUUUAAUAAAUGGUUUAAUGGUAUAUCUAAACAUAAUAAAUGGUUACCAAGAGCAGUUCUUAUAGAUACAGAAGAGAAAGUAAUAAGCAAAAUUUAUAAAGAUAGAAGUACACCAUGGACAUAUUCAAAAGAAAGUAUCAUUUGUCAAGCUGGUGGUGGUUGUGCAAAUAAUUGGGCUUUUGGUUAUUUAAGGAAAGGACCAGAGUUAAGCAGUUUAGUUUUAGACUGUGUAAGACAAAUAUUAGAUGUAACAGACUAUUUUGACGGGUUUCUGUUACUUCUAAGUUCUGCAGGUGGAACAGGAUCUGGGAUUGGUAGCUUUAUUGCACAAACAUUAAGGGAAGAAUAUAGAACAAAACCAAUUAUUACUACAACAAUAUUACCAUUUUCCUUUGGGGAAGUAUGUACCCAAAAGUAUAAUACAUUACUGACAUUGGCAAAACUCUAUAAUCAAUGUGACAUAAAUAUUCUGAUUGAAAAUGAACAAGUACAUAAUAUAAGCACAAAUUUAUUAAAGAAAUCCAAUACAACAUUACAGGAUAUUAAUGCAAUUAUUUCAGAAAAGUUAUUAGCUAUUUUUCAACCAUUAAAUGAUACAAACAUGAAUUCAUUGUUGUCUCAGAUAGCAUCUCAUCCUUCUUAUAAAUUAGCAACAAUCAAAAGUACUCCACAUGUAUCUACAGUAUCUGCAGAAUAUGAACCUGUAUGUAACUGGAAUUCAUAUGUACAUCAUCUAAAACAAACACUUCGAAUACCCAACUUAAACAUGCAGUUAACUAAUGCUGAAUUGAAAGCACCAACUACCUCAUUUAGUAGCAGCACACAUUAUGUAUAUGCCUGUUCAGUAUCAAAUAUUUUAAUAACACGUGGACUUACAACAGAUAAUGAUUCUAUUGUCACUAGUGACUUUAAAGAGAAAAAUUUGUAUGCAAAUUGGAAUACAAUUGAUUGGUUUUCUCACUUACACCAAAAUAGAAAAAUUUUAAACCAUGAGAAAUUUCUUGCCUUAUUAACUAAUAACUCCCAAAUUUCGAAUCCUUUAGAUUUACUUUUAGAUAAAACCUGGAAUUCCUAUGUUCAUGCUGCGUUUUUACAUCAGUAUAAACAGUAUGGUUUGGAAGAAGAUGAUUUUUUACAAGCAUUUGCCCUGCUUGAAAAUGUUGUAAAAGAAUAUAAAGAAUUAGUUGCUCACAUGAACAAAUAAUAAAUUGUGGGAAAUUGUUUAUUGCUCUAAAUACAGUUAGCUACAUAAGUAAUUGAACAUGUAUGGUACUUUUUCAAUGCAGACGUUAUGACGUGUAUCUCUGUAUCUCUUA